AUGACGCCCAAAUUCGACGUCGACUAUGUCCUGGCCAAUAUCACCGAGGACGACAAGAUCGCUCUUCUCUCUGGAAGUGACUUCUGGCACACUCAUUCCGUCCCCAAUUUCAAUGUGCCUUCGGUUCGUACCACUGACGGCCCCAAUGGAAUCCGUGGCACGAAGUUCUUUGCCGGUGUGCCCGCUGCGUGUCUCCCCUGUGGCACGGCUCUAGGCGCCACCUGGGAUCGCGACCUGCUGCAUCAAGCCGGUGUUCUGCUCGGCAAAGAAUGUCUCGCCAAGGGAGCGCAUUGUUGGCUGGGUCCUACGAUCAACAUGCAGCGGUCGCCCCUGGGAGGACGCGGGUUUGAAUCGUUUGCUGAAGAUCCCCAUCUCUCGGGAAUCAUGGCCAAGUCGAUCAUCCUGGGCUGCGAGAGCACGGGGGUCAUCUCAACGGUAAAGCACUAUGUCGGAAAUGACCAGGAACAUGAGCGACGCGCUGUUGAUGUGCUGGUUACUCCGCGAGCACUUCGCGAGAUCUAUCUGCGUCCUUUCCAGAUUGUUGCUCGGGACGCCCGUCCAGGAGCCUUGAUGACUUCGUACAACAAAAUCAACGGUAAGCACGUCGUCGAGAGUCCGGCCAUGUUGGAUAUUGUCCGCAAAGACUGGAACUGGGAUCCUUUGAUCAUGAGCGAUUGGCUAGGCACAUACACCACCAUCGACUCGAUGAAUGCUGGUCUAGAUCUCGAGAUGCCGGGUCCGACACGAUAUCGCGGAAAGUACAUCGAAUCAGCCAUGCAGGCGCGGUUGAUUAAACAGUCGACCAUCAACGCGCGUGCUCGCAGGGUGCUUGAGUUUGUCGAACGAGCCAGCCGCGCUCCCGUGUCGGCGGAAGAAACUGGCCGUGAUUUUCCUGAAGACCGGGCGUUGAACCGGACCCUGUGUACGAACAGUAUCGUUCUGUUGAAAAAUGAGGACAAUCUGCUGCCGUUGCCCAAGACGGUCAAGAAGAUCGCGCUGAUCGGGUCUCAUGUGAAGACUCCUGCUAUUUCAGGCGGCGGUAGUGCUUCUCUUGAACCAUACUAUGCUGUCUCUCUAUACGAUGCGGUCGUUGAAGCCCUUCCUGAUGCUGAGAUCCUCUAUGAACCGGGCGCAUAUGCUCACAAGAUGCUUCCGGUCAUUGAUCGAAUGCUCAGCAAUGCCCUCAUCCACUUCUAUAAUGAGCCGCCCGAAAAGGAACGCACGUUACUGGCAACCGAACCAGUCGGUAGCACUGCGUUUCAGUUGAUGGACUACAACGCUCCCAGUCUCGACAGAGGUCUGUUCUGGGCUACUUUGGUUGGAGAGUUUACGCCGGAUGUCUCUGGAGUGUGGGACUUUGGUCUCACUGUGUUCGGUACGGCCACGCUUUUUAUUGAUGACGAGAUGGUCAUUGACAACACCACCCGCCAAUCCCGAGGAACGGCCUUUUUCGGAAAGGGAACGGUGCAGGAGGUCGGGUCGAAGCAGCUCACUGCCGGACAGACAUAUAGGAUUCGAAUUGAGUUCGGCUCUGCCAACACCAGUCCUAUGAAAGCCAUCGGCGUGGUCCACUUUGGUGGUGGCGCAGCCCAUCUCGGCGCGUGUUUACACAUGGACCCUGAGCAGAUGGUUGUCAAUGCGGUCAAAGUCGCCGCCGAGGCAGAUUAUACCAUCGUGUGCACAGGACUCAACCGAGACUGGGAGUCGGAAGGAUUUGACCGUCCGGAUAUGGACCUUCCUCCGGGAAUUGAUGCUUUGAUUUCGUCUGUGCUUGACGUUGCGGCGGACAGGACUGUCAUCGUUAACCAAUCCGGAACCCCUGUUACCAUGCCUUGGGCGGAUCUAGCCAGGGGGAUUGUUCAGGCAUGGUAUGGGGGAAAUGAGACCGGCCAUGGUAUUGCCGACGUCCUAUUUGGAGAUGUCAACCCCUGUGGGAAGUUGCCUCUUUCCUGGCCGGUGGACGUGAGGCACAACCCAGCGUAUCUGAACUACGUGAGCGUGGGGGGUAGAGUGCUCUACGGGGAGGACGUGUAUGUGGGAUAUCGAUUCUACGAGAAGGUCGGACGCGAGGUCUUGUUUCCGUUUGGAUAUGGUUUAUCAUACACGACCUUCAGUGUCUCUCCUACGGUGUCUGUAUCCCCGGCUAUCUUCUCAUCGGACAGUCCACCCACUGCCAGAGUUCUAGUCAAGAAUACAGGUCCAGUGGCAGGAGCGCAGAUCCUACAGCUUUACAUUGCCGCACCCCAUUCAGCAACUCUACGCCCUGUCAAGGAGCUGCACGGAUUCUCCAAGGUGUUCCUACAGCCCGGAGAGGAGAAAACAGUUGAGAUCCACAUUGACAAAUACGCGACCAGCUUUUGGGACGAGAUCGAGGAUAUGUGGAAGAGCGAAGAGGGCGUCUAUCAGGUACUGAUUGGGACCUCGAGUCAGGAGAUUGUGGCUCAAGGAAAGUUUAUGGUGAAGCAGACGAGAUACUGGACAGGUGUAUAG